CCAGCAGACUAAGCGCUCUUGGGGUAGAAUUUAUAUGACCCUAUGACGACUGGGUGGAGCGUGGCCCCCGUGGGGUGGCUUGCCCGGGAAAGGGGGCCCUGCAUGAUGCCUGAUCGUUGCUUAGGAUAUUCCACCUCUCACGAGUACUGAGCCGUUGGCGAAAAUCACCUCCUCAUGUUCAUCAAGUUUUCGCUCAUCGUCGCUGCUUUCACCGUCGCUGCUAGUGCCCGUACAUUUACGGUGCACAAUGCAUGUCCAUUUACGAUUUGGCCUGCUAUGUUCACCGGUUCCGGUCACCCGGCCCCUUCUUACCCAACUGGUUGGCAGGCUGCCGCUGGGACAUCCGUGUCUUUCACCGUACCCGACAACUGGCAGGCUGGUCGCAUUUGGGGUCGUCGAGGCUGUGAUUUCUCCGUCAAUCCAGGUCCUAACUCGUGUCUUGAUGGAGGUUGCAAUGGUGGUCUUGUUUGCGAUCCAACGACUGGUACUGGCGUCCCGCCGGCCACACUCGCUGAAUUCAGCCUUUCGGCAGGGGGCGGUGACUAUUACGAUGUAUCCCUUGUCGAUGGCUACAAUCUUCCUUUGGAAAUAACACCAUCGACCUCCGCGUGCCAUACCGCAAGCUGCCCUGUCGAUCUUGGUCCUAACUGCCCCGCUAGCCUGAAGGGGCCGUUCGAUAGCACUGGUUUCCCCGUUGGAUGCAAGUCUGACUGUUUGGUGGAUCCUAAUCCGUCCAACUCUCCAUCGUGCUGCAGUGGCCAGUAUAGUACCCCUGCCACCUGUCCUCCAUCCGGCGUCCCUCAUUACAACUACUUCAAGUCAAACUGCCCUAACUCUUACGUUUAUGCUUACGAUGAAAGUUCUGGCACCGCCUUGUGGUCUUGCCUCGCUUCCUAUGCAUCUGACUACACUAUUACUUUCUGCCCCUGAAUGGUCCAGCGUUCAUUUACUUAUUUGAUGGUUUUCAUACUUCGUUAUAAAGAAUCUGCAAUCCCCCGGCCAGUUGUUCUGGGGGUCACUUAUAAUUCCUGGAAGCCUCUCCAUCAAUGAACUUAACCUAACGUCACCCCCAGUAUCCUAACAUACCUCGGAGGCCCUGCCAAAUGGAUUUUUCCUGUGUGCCUCAAUGUGACUGUCGGUGAACAAUGCACACUGAGCUGAUAAGUCUCAAUUACGCGAGCUGGCUACUACGGC